AUGUGGGCAUUCAGGCCGACUAGACGGCUGUUAAAGAAUAGGAGCGUCUAUAAGGAGUUAGUGGAUAGAGGAUUUGUAAAAGAUACCACAAGUGAACUUCUCGGAAAGCAUCUAGAGUCACAGAGUAGAACUAUAUACAGUGGUAUGGAUCCUACAGCUGUAUCCUUACACGCUGGACACCUUUUACCUUUGCUCGCCUGUUUACAUCUUCAUUUGGCUGGACACAGAAUAAUUCCACUCAUUGGAGGAGCUACUGGUUCAAUAGGAGACCCCUCAGGGAGAUCGACAGAGCGUACACUCAUUGAAACAAAGACACUCGAUAACAAUAUAUUCAAUUUAACGAAACAAAUUGAAAGCUUUUACGAGAACAGUAGAAAAUACGCAGACAAAUACGCACCAUACGACACUACUAAGGGUGAGGUGAAAGUACUAAACAAUAAAAGCUGGCUGGGAAAGCUAUCACUGUUGGAAUUUUUAUCUACAACAGGAAAGAUAAGCAAUAUAGGACCAAUGUUGGCUAGGGACAGCGUAAAGAAUCGCUUAGCCAAGGGCAUAUCAUUUACAGAAUUCACCUAUCAGCUCCUACAAGCGGCUGAUUUUCAGCAUUUGUUUUCUGAACAUGAUUGUACUGUUCAGAUUGGCGGUAGCGAUCAGUGGGGUAACAUAACAGCUGGUGUUGAAUUGAUUAGACGCGUGUUCUCCUCUGAAUCUACCCAAGAUAAAGCAUUCGGUUUGACACUUCCACUACUUACCACCAGCAGUGGUGAUAAAUUUGGCAAGAGUGCCGGGAAUGCCGUCUGGUUAAACUCUUCAUUAACUUCUGUCUUUGAUUUCUACCAGUUUUGGCUGAAAGUCACAGACAUGGAUGUCGAAAAGUAUCUCAAACUGCUCACGCUUGUGCCUUUGGAGACUAUAAGUCAAAUUAUGGAGCAACAGAGAGCUAAGCCUGAUCAAAGAUUAGCUCAGCGGCGGCUCGCUGAUGAGGUUACUACAAUGAUACACGGUGAAACUGGACUAGAAAUUGCACAUGUGGCGACGAAUGUUCUCUUUGGAACAUCUUUAAGAACACUCAAGGCUGAGAAGGUCGUUGCUGCAUUUGAAAGUGACCCUAGAUUAGUAAGAAAGUCACGUAAGGAAGUUAUUGAUGAACGUCUUACUAAAGUCGUCACCUUUAGUCCGCAAGUUAAAUCAGGAUCUCAAGCUAAAACGUUGAUUGGUUCUGGAGGUGUAUACCUAAAUGGAGAGAAAACAACUACCAUUAAUAGAACUAUCGUAGAGGAGGACAUCAUAGACAAUGAACUGAUCUUUAUCAGAACAGGAAAAUCGUCACACUUAAUUAUACAAUUAGUAGACUAAAAUCAUUACUCAUAAUACAUAAAUUAUAC